AUGACCGUAAAGAACUGGAGAACCGGUUGGGCAAAAGUAAGUGGUGGUGGGGGUAUGCCUCCGGCGGCUGGGGCUCUGCCCCAGACCCCGUGGCUCCUCUCGCUUCGCUCGAGUCGGGCGUCGACGGUCCUAGCCACCUCCUGCGAAGCAGGAGCUACGGGGUCUGGGGCAGCGCCCCAGCCGCCGGAGGCAUGUCCCAUCGACCUGUGGUCUAACGGUUUAGGAAUCCAGUUUGGUACUGCCGGUUUGAGGGGCCGGAUGGAGGCCGGGUUCGACCGUAUGAACGAUUUGACGGUUUUGCAGGCUUCGCAGGGUCUGGUGAGUUAUGUCCGGAAUACAGUUCCAAAUGCCGAAGCUCAGGGCGUUGUGAUUGGGCAUGAUCAUAGACACAAUUCCAGCCGAUUCGCAGAAUUGACGGCCUUGGCGUUUGUCACUAAAGGGUUCAAGGUGUACACAUUGGGCCAAUGUCAUACUCCUUUGGUCCCGUUUGCUAUUGACGAGUUUCGUGCUAGCUGUGGUGUUAUGGUGACAGCUAGUCAUAAUCCGGCUCAGGAUAAUGGUUAUAAGGUUUAUUGGCAGAACGGGUGCCAGAUUAUUCCACCUCAUGAUGUGGGUAUUGCCCAGUCUAUUGAAGAGAAUGCUGAACCGUGGACAUGGGACGUAUCGGUUUUGAAAGAUAACCAGCUGGUAGUGGAUAUUGGUUCUCAGUCUUCGGCAGUGCUGGUGUCGAAAUAUUUCGCGAAAAUGAACCAGGUCCUUGGAUUUACAGACGGUCAUACUGGUGGCCGUAGAGCCAGUGCUGUUGGACCGGGAGCCGCAAGGGAUUCAAUUCAGUUUGUUUAUACCCCAAUGCAUGGAGUGGGUCUUCCUUAUCUUCAUGAAGCAGCCAGUCAGUUGGGUUUGUCGGCAAACUCAGUAGUUACGGUCAACGAACAAGCCCAGCCCGACCCAGACUUUCCUACUGUAUCGUUUCCAAACCCAGAAGAAAAAGGAGCAUUGGAUUUGGCAAUGAAACUAGCCGAUUCGAGGGGAAUUUCUAUUGUUCUUGCAAAUGAUCCUGAUGCUGAUAGGUUUGCAGUGGCUGUUAAGGAUACCAGAUCCGAAUCUGGCAAAUGGAUCCAGUUAACUGGCAACCAAGUGGGCGCGAUAUUUGCUGACCAUUGGAGAACUCGUUGGAAGAAAAAUGGGGAUAAAAAGCUCGCGAUGCUGAACUCAACAGUUUCCAGUCAAUUGAUUGCCAGCCUGGCUGCUAAGUAUGGGUUUCAUUAUGAGGAUACUCUGACCGGGUUCAAAUGGAUAGGUAAUCGUGCUAUUACGUUAGAGUAUCAGGGAUAUGAUAUUCCUUUUGCUUUUGAAGAGGCUCUGGGAUACAUGUUCGCUGUAGUACAUGACAAAGACGGCAUUAGUGCAGCAUAUGUAUUUAUUCAGAUCUUACUGGAGCUACAAGAACAGUCGACCACUGUAUUAGAUAAACUAGAGUCGAUCUACCAGGAUGUGGGAUAUUUCGAGGAGCACAAUUCUUAUUACAUUGUCAAUAAUCCGUCGACCACUGAUACUGUUUUCGAAUACAUUCGCACUGCCGGUACUAGUCCGUCUAAUCCACAUUACCCUCGCACAAUUGGUCGAUUCGACGUAUCCAGCUGGCGUGAUCUGACUACUGGCUACGAUUCCAGUACCCCCAACAAUGUACCCACUUUACCAGUCUCAAACUCGUCACAGAUGAUUACCGUGACACUCAGUUCACCGGCAAACGAAACUGUGCGAUUCACCGCUCGCGGCAGCGGCACCGAACCCAAACUCAAGGUGUAUAUUGAAGCCAAGGGCUCUACCCGUUCAUCAGCCCAACAACUGGCCGACGAAGUAUGGGAUCUUCUUCUGAACGAGUGGUUCCGACCACCUGUGACGGGACUUGUGCCGGUCUAA